AUGCAGCGCACGCUGCGCCAGCACCGGUGCUACCGAGGCCCGGCUUCGCCUGUAGGCGACCAGGACAAGUCGAGCUUUGUUACGUUGCUGGGACUGGCUGGAGUCAGUGGAGGUGUCGCGUACGCAUACUAUGACCCGGAUGUGCUGCCGGAGAGGGUGAAGAAGUGGCUGCUGAUCCAGGAGCCUGAGGGUCGUGGCAUGAGUCCCGAAGAGUACGAGCGCUGGCGGGCCAAGCAGUCGGGGUUCCCGAUAGCCGGCACGCUGAUCGAAACGAAGAAAGAAGGGGCCGAGCCGGCGCACUCCAAGGACGAGGAGAACGUCGAGCCACCCGGCAUGGAUGUCGGUCUUCCUGUUCCGCACCGAGACGUAUCUCCGGAUGAGAUGAAGGCAUCGCUUGGGAAGCUACUGGCUGAAGCAAGAAUGAACGAGGCCGCGUUUCUCGCCGACAUUCAAUCAAAUAGGAUCCCGAUGUCCGCGGAAGAUCGCCAAAUGCUGCAAGCAUUCAAGGAUGAAAAAGCACGACUCAAGAAGCAGCUGAAAUUCCUGAAGUCCGCCAAGUAA